AUGUCUAAGAACUCGGAGUUUAUCAAUCUGUCAUUUCUGUUAGAUCAUGAGAAGGAAAUGAUCCUGGGAGUCUUAAAGAGAGAUGAAUACUUGAAAAAAGUGGAGGACAAGAGAAUAAGGAAGCUGAAAAAUGAACUCUUAGAAGCAAAACGUAGAAGUGGGAAGACUCAGCAACAAACCAGCAGAGUCUGUGUUCACUGCCAGAGAAACCUGGGCUUAAUAUUUGACCGUGGAGAUCCGUGCCGGGCCUGCUCCCUGAGAGUGUGCAGCGAGUGUCGGGUCUCGGGCCUCGAUGGCAGCUGGAAGUGCACUGUCUGUGCCAAAGUCGCACAGCUAAGGAUUAUAACUGGUGAAUGGUUUUUUGAGGAAAAGGCAAAGCGGUUCAAGCAAGUCAACGUUCUGGGUACUGAUGUAGUCCGACAGUCCAUCUUAAGAAGAAGUCCAGGAACUGAAGAAACACAAAGUCAAGAGCAAUCCCGCCAGGACCCAGAAAAGGCAGAUACUUCACCUUCUUCCGGGCAAAAGGCCAGUCGUGAUGGACCCAGGAAAAAAGGAUUUCUUCUGAGCAAGUUCAGAUCAGCAACCAGGGGAGAGAUCAUGACUCCAAAAAUGGAAAGUGGGCGGAGCUACAGCUUGGACCUAGACAGCCAGAACUUUCGGAGUUUAAAGUCAGUCCCUGGUUCAGACAGGGGAAGCACGGGUUCAUCCGAUCUUAAUGACCAGGAAGCUGGCCCCUCAACCCCGAAAAGCAGCCGGAGCAGUGGUGUGACCUCCAUCACUCAGAGGUCACCAGCCCCAAGCACACACAGUGUGGCCUCAGUCAGCAUUCGACGACAUGGUUUUGAAAGUUCCAUGGAUUUGGCUGCCAUCGAAAGCACGUAUGAGGACCUCACAAAGAGUCAUCACAGAAAUGUUUCUGGUACACCUUCCAUAGCGGUGUCUGAGAUCUCCCUCUCCUCAGACCGGAGUCGAUCUGAGUUAGAUCUGAGUGGGUCAUUUCCAGAAGACUUAGAGAAUACUGUAAACAUAAGAAGCAAGUCCGUCCCUGGGGCUUUAGACAAAGACUUGGACUCCUUGGAAGAGACUGAGCAAGGUGUUCAUGGCUUAGUGUCCUCCCGGUUUUCUGCCAACACCCAUAGUCUAGCAAGUGGCCUGUCAACCACCAGCCUUAACAGCAUGAUGAGUGUUUACAGUGAAACAGGAGACUAUGGCAACGUGAAGGUCAGUGGUGAAAUCCUUCUCCACAUCAGCUACUGCUACAAAACUGGCGGGCUCUGCAUUUUUGUCAAGAAUUGCAGAAAUCUGGCCAUAGGAGAUGAAAAGAAACAGAGGACAGAUGCUUAUGUCAAGUCGUACCUUCUUCCUGACAAAUCCAGAAACAAUAAGCGCAAGACCAAGAUCAGAACAGGCACCAAUCCAGAAUUCAAUGAGACACUAAAGUACACCAUCAGCCACACCCAGCUGGAGACAAGAACUCUGCAGCUCUCGGUCUGGCAUCAUGAUCGAUUCGGACGUAACAGCUUCCUCGGGGAGGUGGAGAUUCCCUUUGACUCAUGGAACUUUGAAAAUCCAAGUGAUGAGUGGUUUGUGCUUCAGCCCAAGGUGGAAUUCGCUGCAGACAUAGGCCUUCACUAUAAAGGAGAGCUAACAGUUGUUUUACGUUACAUCCCCCCAGAGGAGAACCUGAUGAUUCCUCUAAAACAAGUUCAAGGAAAGAAGACCUUCAAAAGGGGAAAGAAGAAGGAGUCACCUGUAAUCUUUGGAGGAAUACUGGAAGUGUUCAUCAAAGAGGCAAAGAAUUUGACAGCGGUGAAGUCAGGAGGCACUUCUGAUAGCUUUGUAAAGGGCUACCUGCUCCCAGAUGACAGCAAAGCUACCAAGCACAAAACUCUGGUGGUAAAGAAGAGUGUUAAUCCUCAGUGGAAUCAUACUUUCAUGUUCAGUGGCCUGAACCCCCAGGAUAUAAAGAAUGUUUGCCUAGAACUUACUGUCUGGGACAAGGAGGCCUUUUCCAGCAACAUCUUUCUGGGAGGAGUUCGUUUGAAUUCUGGAACCGGUGUGAGCCAUGGGAAGAGUGUGGAUUGGAUGGACUCUCAAGGGGAAGAGCAACGCCUGUGGCAGAAGAUGGCGGACAAUCCUGGGACUCCCGUCGAGGGUGUGCUCAUGCUCCGGUCCAGCAUGGGGAAGUGUAGGCUCUGAAGGUACCAGUCUCCAAAAUGAGGCCUCCAGCCACUGUCUGGCUGCUGUUUGAUCCCAGUAUUGGUCUUGCGACCUGGGAUUCUGCUUCCCUGCCAUUUUUCACCUAAGGGUAUUGGGACACGUGAGUAGGGAUGUCCACGUUAUGAACAUUUAGAGUCUCGCUGAGUGUCACAAAGAGCAUGUACCUCUAUGUGUCCAGGGACCAGGGCCUUUUUGAUUGGAUGGUAAAAAGUGUGCCACACUGUCCUGUCAACGGCAAGUUAUGCAAUGAUUCAUAGACUUUAUGCCAUAAGGGAAAUAGUACAAGCUUCAGUACAAACUACAGUUGAAAUUUGGAAUCCCUAAACUUUUUCUAUUACUGAGUUAUUUUACAUUUCCUAAAAUGGUUUGAGGGUUAAAGGGGCCACUUAUAACGUAGAUCACUUGAAGAGUAAGAAGGAAUACUGACUACGCUUUCCUCACCCUGGGAAUUCCCAUAAUCCCUAAAAGGCAUUGUGGGGAUGGUUGCUCAGACAAGGAGAUGGCCCUGUUAUUAUAGCAAACUUGUGGAUUAAGAAGGUAAGUUUUCAAGAUGAACGGACAGGUUUUUCUAUGGUGAUUAUAUAAUCUAUAAUCUAAAUCAGCCCAGUUUUGAGAGUGAAAAGAACUAGAUCUUUCUAUCCGAACAAUAGAUGUAAACCAGGAUCGACCAGGGAAAAUGGAGACGUAGUGUCACCCUAAUUAUGACUUAGGAAUUAGAGAGCUCCAUUGUAAAUAUCUAUUUUGUAAAAUAUUCUAAGCCACUGACUACAAGGGAAUAAGAACUAAUGUACAUUUUGAGCCCCUGCAUGUGUCGUAUCUACUGAUAUCCCACUGGUCAGAGGAAGUCAUAUGGCCAAGCCUAAAAUCAGGAGGCAGCGAAAUCUACUCUGUUCACGGUGAAGCCAUGGCAAGCAUGAGGAUCCAGGAAGGGAAGAAGAAUCAGUAGUUCAGUAGUUCAAUCUACUUUACCUUCUAUUAGCUGGAAUUCCAGGUGCAUCAGCCACCAAAGUUAGAGGCAAAGAUAGUUAAAGUUGAAAGGUACUUCAGACCUGGUUCCUCAUUUUGCAUAUUCCAAACCUGAAGCCCCUAGAGAGCUGAAAUGACUUGCCCAAGAUCGUAUAGAAGCCAUGAUGGUAUCCA